AUGGCUGCUGUCACUCAAGCCACCGCUCCCAAGACGGAGCCCUCGAGAGAGGAUGAGACCCUCCUUGUCCUUGCGCGAUUAAUGGAGGGCGGAAAAGAGGACGACGAGACCAUUCGCGAUUUGGACCAGCUCACCAAAUUGCUCAAUGACGACGCCCAGCUUAUCCAGGCCAAGACCUCUGCACCGACGAUAUGCAAACUCAUCGAUAGCGACUGUGUCGACACAAUCUUGGCAUACCUCGAUAUGAGACAGUCAGAGAUCGUCCGCGCACACGCUAUCGUGGCCACCUCUGCCUAUCUCAAGGCUGCCGGUGACGACGGCGCCAAGAAGCUUUCCGGCUUCUUCUUCUCCAAGCUCAAGAGGGGCACUUACGAUGACUACAUCGUCGCCUUCUGUGUGGCUGCUGCCACCUUCCCCAUCGUCCCUGACCUCGCCUCCGACCUGUUUCUCAGCGAGGGCUUUCUGAGCUCCCUAGGUCCGCUGAUGAGGAGGAAGUGGAAGAGCCGCAAGGUCGAGACUGCUUGCUUGGAGAUGCUCAACGCUGCUUGUAUGAACUCGCAGUGCCGAGAUGCCGUCAACAAGUACUGCACCGAGUGGCUGGAGGAGGUUGUCGACCAGGACCCCGACGAGAUUGCGAAAGAGAUGCAGCAGGACCCCGAAUACGCCGUUCAAGAAGGCUCCGUCGCCAUGCGCAGACAUUCCGAGCAGGUCCAGAACUUGGCGGCCGUCAUCCUAGCGAAACUGAGGGCGGUGCCCUCGGCAGCGGCGCAGAAUGAGGAGGGGCAAUCAAAGAUUUCACCAGCAAUCACAACCAUCGAUGACCUAUCAACGAGAUUUACGUCCAUGCUCCUGUCCGACGACGACCAUGGAGACAAACAUUCCAUCGAAGGACUGGCGUACGCAUCGAUUCAGCCAGCCAUCAAGGAGAAGCUUGCAUCGAAUCCGGAUUUCCUGAAAAAGCUGGUCAAGAAGCUCGCAGACGCCCCGCCGAAGUCGCCCUUGACCUACGGAGCGCUUAGUAUCCUGGUGAAUCUUACCAGAUACCAACCUAGUCUGUCCGAGGAGGAAAAGAAGAUGAACCAGCUGAAGGCGUAUGCUGCCGCAGCUGGCAAGGGGGCUGGGCCUGAUCCUCUCAACGACAAUGAACACGUCACGGAACGAUGCAAGCGCGUGUUCGAGGCGGGCGUCACCCCAGUAUUGGUUACUCACAGCAAGGGCGGUUCAACUGCGUCACUUUCUCUUACUGUCGCUAUCAUUUAUUCCUUAUCAGUUACGGCAUCUUUGCGCGGAAAACUGGCACAGCAGGGUGCCGUGAAGCUUCUCCUGACGGCUUGGGCAACCCUGCCGGAGACGGAGGCAUCAGGACGUCGGACAGCCGCACAGGCUCUGGCUCGCAUUCUCAUUAGCACGAACCCGGCUCUCGUGUUUGGCGGAAGUCGUUCCAACCCGCAAGUCUCUGCCAUUCGGCCCCUGGCGUCCAUCAUCCCCACGGACCCGGCAGCUGAACACCGAGAUCUCCUGCCAACUUUCGAAGCGCUCAUGGCACUUACUAACCUAGCAUCGACUGAUGAUCUCGAUACGAGGCGAACCAUCAUCCGGGUAGCCUGGCCACAGAUUGAAGACCAGUUACUUUGCUCGAACGCGCGUGUGUCCAAGGCCGCCGUGGAGCUCAUCUGUAACCUGGUGCAAGCAGUCGAAGGUAUGGCUCUAUACGCCGACGGAAGCGAUCAGGCCAAGCAACGAAUGCACAUUCUUCUGGCUUUGGCGGAUGCAGAGGAUGAGGGCACACGAAGCGCGGCUGGCGGUGCGUUGGCGGCUCUCACAGGUCACGAGAAUGUCGUACAGGCCAUCGUAGAUCGCGAGCGGGGCGUCAAGGUCGUUCUCGACAUGUGCGCGGAUGACAACGAGGACCUGAGGCACCGCGCAGGCUUCAUCAUUUACAACAUGGUGGCUGCUGAGGGCGUCCCCGGUGCCAAUGCGCGAAAGAAGAUCAUCGAGGAGGGCGGUUUGGAGGUUCUCAAGGAGGCGGCCAAGAAGAGCAGGCGAGCGGAGGUGCUCGAGGUCCUUGUGCAGUCGCUGAAGAUCCUUCUCGAUGACACAAACAACAGAGCGUUGGAGGGUUAG